AUGGGGUCGGCAAGCGACGGAAACUGGUUUCGUCGUACCGGGAUUACCUUAAACGGGGUCGGCGAGAGUUCUGGGACUUCUAGCUACGUGAACAACGUCUUGUCGCCUGAUGCAUUUAUUCACAACGCGCGGCCGAUUACCCUGGCCGAUAUUCUCACCACCUUUCUUUUCGUCGUGAUCCACGUUAGAAGCGAUAUUAUCAUCUAG